AUACCAAGAAUUCCGUGUACUAUAAAAGCAUCCGCAAUUUGAGAUGAGCAAUUAGUAAACAUUUCGAAGUAACAGAAACCUCAAACCUCAAUUAAAUUCAUUUGAAGAAAAUGCAAUUGUUCACACGUGUACUAUUACUGUCAGUAGCCGUGAUUGGCGCAAACGCGUGGCCUCGCACAGGCGAUGACCAAAGUCUGCUCCGCAUGGUAAUGGCUGAGGUUAGUUCCCAUUCGAUGAUCGAGGAUCGCGCCAUGUCACCGGCUGAGAAUGCCUGCUAUGUAGCCUACAACAAUGCAACAAAUCAGGUGGCCAAUCAACUAAGCAAUGCCACCAACAAGUGCGAAGAAGCGGCCAACCGAACCAUGCUUACCAACUAUCAGAGCACCAACUCCUCGGUCAAUCUCAUUCGCAGUCAGUUGCUCCAGUUGGAACAAAACCUGCAACGUUGCAGAAACGAAACCGACAGUGCGCGUCUAAUCAACUGCACCGUCUCCCACUUUGACGCGAAUCUUAAGUUGCUGGACACCUCCAACUCUCAGGCCUAUCAGGUUAAGUCUCAGAUUGCCGCCAAUUCAAGCAACAUAAGCUUGCAGCGUACCAGCUGCGUCAGUGCUGCGAUCAGCGAGUGUAAGGUCAAAAACAUUGAGGCGGCCAAUGCUUACGAUAGCUGCUUGUCAUUGAUUCCCUACCAGCGUGAUCUGAUUGUGCACCAAGAGCAGCCACAGAAUCAGACUGAAGAGCAAAAUCCACUCAAGCACUUCGUGGCAAAGCCAGUCCAGCAUUCCGAAUCCCCUUCAGCAAUCGAAGAAACAGCUCCAGGAACAGCCCAAGCAACAGCCCAAGGAACAGCCCAAGGAACAGCCCCAGGAACAGCCCCAGGAACAGUUCAAGAAACAGCCCCAGCAGCAGUCUAAAAACUAAUUGAUAAUUGAGAUAUGGUAUACAAAUCGAAACCCAUCUUAAUUUUAAAUAAGCGCAGAGAAUAAAGAGCUUUCAAAAUCAA